AUGCUCGAUCCUGUGGAACUCAAGCUUUUCCCAUCCUGCUUCGACUGUAUUUCCUGGUCCCCAGAUGGCGAGCUGGCGGUUGCACUGGGAGAAUAUGUCCAUGUGUUGCCGGGCGAUACUUUUUCUCUCGGCGAAGAGCAGUCUUCCAGUCACGUUCUUGCAUUGGCUUGGUCACAUCACCGCCUGGCCAGGUACUCUCGACAUGUCCUCGCGGUGUUGACUAGUAACUUGGUCCUGUCUCUCUGGGAGCUGGUGGAUGGCUAUUCGAAGUGGAUGAGGACUGUGGUCGUCAACAAUGCAUUAAGAGAGGCCUUUGGCCUGUCAUUACGCGGAAAGGGUUCUAUUUUACAGCGUAAAAUGCAUGUGAGGUGCUUUUGCUGGAGCCCAAAGUGUGACGAGGAUGAUUAUCACGAGGAUGCUUUACAUGGGCAUCAGGCCUAUCGAGAUAUGUCUCUGCUGGCUGUGGCGAAUGAUAUGAACGACAUAACUCUGAUCAGAGUUAGAAAUGACCACCUGGGACCUGACAUGAAUACUCGACGACAGUUGUGGGUAGAGGUCAUUUCCCAGAAUGAAAUAUCCGCCCCGCAUGUAGCAUAUCCUCAUAUGCAGCCUGAUUCUCUUCUGGGUCAAUCAGUGAGAUCUGUGCCCAUCAUAUCUCACAUUACCUGGGGUCCCGCGCGUCAGAGUUUUGACGAUCAGGGGAACCCUAGAUAUUCUUCACCUCUUGCAAUUAUUCACGCCACCGGAGUUAAGGCUUUUCUACUACAUGCACGGUUUGGAGACCCGGGACGAGUGGCUGAAGACAGCGAUACGGAUGCCAAACUGGAUUUACGCUUGGGCGAAGUUAUUCCUAUUCCCCAGGAACCUCAGUUUGAGCGCAUGAGCUUCCAUGGUCCGCUACGUUGGAUUGACCACGCGGUUCGGGACAUUACCGCUUGCAAUAAUGGGCGCUCGGACAAUGCACAGACUGCCGAUCUCCACAGACAGAUGGAAGGCUUCCGCAGCCGAUUCGACCUCGACCACGACCUGGGUGGAAUGUCUGUAGCUAGAAUAUGGGGAAUGACUAGCCAUCGAGGCUGGAUCGCAGCAUGUUUCACAGUUCAUCCCAGCGACAUGGUUGAAUAUGUUACUACGGCGCGCCAACGAUCGCGGAUCGUCUUUACGCCACCGCACCCAAAGGAGGGUGAAUCAGCAGAGCUCCCAUGGCGCAUUCCCCCAGAGCUAACGCCACAGCGCAUGAAGGCUGGUCGCGACAAAGCUCUCUCUUUUAUCCUGCGUGAUAGUCAUAGAGAUCUACUGAAUGAUCACUGGCUGAGAAAGCUACAAUACGCCGCUAUUUGCUGUCUCAUUACAGAUCAAGACCCUGUCAACGCCCCGCACUUGCUGGAAGCUGCAAAAUCAGCGGCGAAGUGGUUAUCUAGUACAUUUAGCCUUGACCUAUCAGUGGAGUUAUCUUGUAUAAAUGAAAAGCUCAAGUCGCAGAUCGAACUUCCAGCUGGAUCCGCAGGUGGCCCGGAAACAAGUAAACACCUACCCGGCAAAACUUGUGAUGCCCAAACGGGACCUGGCGAUGAUGUAUUUGAAUUUUGCGAUAUAUGCGGUAGCGGUAUUGACUGGUACUCCGCUGAAGAGUCCCAAUGUGCGGAGGGGCAUGUGUUUGGUUCGCCGCCCCUUCGCACCACAAGAGGAAAUAUAGGUCGGGAAAUCUAUCGGAAGAGAUCAGAGAUGGAGGCAAGGAAACUCCGACAGGGAGGACCUCGAUGUGGUUUGACGUUUCUCUCCAUCCAGGACCCGUCGAUUUCCAAGCGUUGCUCAGUUUGUGGUAGCGAGGUCUUGGAUGCGGAGCUCGUCGAUUUUCCCAGUGUGAUUGGGCCAGGGAUGGGCGCGGCGGAUAGUACAUAA